AUGGAUUUCUCCCUCGACAUCAAAGAGAAAGAAAUCGGCGCCGUCAAGCCGCCCAGUUUCCCCCAACCUAAGUCCACAACCACCGGCUUUCCCGAGCACAAGAAACGGACAAGAGUGUCGGCUUUCAAGAAGCAACGCCAGGGCGCGGACUACAAUGCCCCUGAACCUCAAAAUGGCCCAACAACGAGCACACCGCCGUCUCCAAACGCACCGGCGCAAGCUCAACCCACCCGCCCCGGCUCGACGAUGGAGAAGGCUGCGAUAGAUCGGGAGAACAAAGACCUUCUGGCGUCCAUGACACCAGAGCAGAUAGAAGAGGAGCGGCGAGAUCUUUUGAGCCGUCUGGAUCCCAGCAUAGUCCAGAUGUUCCUUAGAAGAGCCAACAUCGACGAUCCAUCGAAUGCGCCCUCAAUCUUUGACGAGCCUCCAGGCGCAGAGCCCAGCACGGCCGAGCCUCCGAAACCUGAAGCCGCUCCUGCGAUCGUGAUAGACGACACCAGCGCUCCUGCACACCAAGAGAAGAAACCCAAGAAGACAGUACGGUUCGAUGAAGACGCACCGCCACCAGAACCACCCGCCGACCUCUUCGAUGCGGCGUCCAAACCCCCACCACCGUCCUCGUCCGCAGCCGCUGACGCCUUCGCCGCCAACACCACGCACUUCCCCCACCCCAAACCUCUACCCGAUCUCGACCCGUCCGACCCAGACUUCCUGGAAACCCUUCACUCGAAAUACUUCCCCAACCUCCCCGCCGACCCCUCAAAGCUGGCCUGGAUGGCCCCGAUCCCGACGCCCGGGUCCGUCGCGGAUCAGGAGUCGCCGUACUACCCGGGCCAGUCGUCGCUGUCCAUCGCCGCCCUGCGCUUCGACUUCAAGGGCCGCCUGCUGCCCCCGUCCAAGAGCAGGAAGAUCCCCGUGACCAAGGGCCUCCACCACCACGGCCAGGCGCCCGAGGCCGCCGGGUACACGAUCGGCGAGCUGGGGAUCCUAGCGCGGAGCGCCGUCCCCGCCCAGCGGUGUGUUGCCUUUCAGACACUUGGCAGGAUACUUUUCAGGCUAGGCCAGGGCGAAUGGGGCGGUGCUGAGGGUGACGGCGGUCUUGCCAAGGGACUCUGGCGCACGGCGCAGGAGGCCAAGGUCAUAGAGAGCCUGCUCGAGGCGGCGGAAGUGCCCGAGGGGCAGGGCCACAGGGGCAGUAGGUCUUAUGCUAUCGAGGCGCUUUGGUUGUUUGAGAAGGGUGGGUGGAAGGAGAAAUUCCAGGGCAGGUGA